GGGAAGUGAUGGCAGUAAGGGUUAGUUCUCAGCGUCCUGCUUGGGCACAGCUCCUGGGCCCUCCACAUCGGCCUUUCCUGGCGUCUGAGGGCGGCCUUGGGGUCACUAUCUGGCCCUGAGGGGUGGAGGCAGGUGGAGAGGAGUCUGCAGUGGGGAAAAUAGUGGAGUGGGUGUCCCUGCGUAAGGGCUGCCUCCUGUAGUCUCCCUGGUCGUCCUUUUAGUCACCGACUGUCCAAAAGCAGAUCUACAGAUGCAGAGAGCUUCCUUUCUGCUUUAUGGACACGGGUGUGAGGAGAGGUGCUGCUGGCCCACAACUGCUGCUAGAUGGCCUUUUGCCUGGCACGGUGCUGGUGACUCUGUCUCUGCUUCCUCUUGGCAGAACUUUAUGCUCAGGCAUGCUGUUUGCUUCUGAGAAGUGGGGGGAGGAGUAUGGAUGCACUCUUUGAUUGAAAACCAGGUGUGUCAGUGAUGGAGGAGAUCUGACAUGUGCCUGUGGCUUUGUGGCCAGGAGCACUCCUGAAUUUAUCAGCGUAGAAGAGAUGAGCCCAGGUAACCAGCCAGGUGGCUUCCUGACAUGAUAAACUGGAGGAAGAUCAGGAGGUAGCAACAGGACAACCACUUCUCACCUGGACCUGAGAGUUAAAGGAGAGAAAAGAACGCAGAGGGGGAGGAAGGAAUUUUUUCAUACGUGAGCCGAAGGGUUAGAAGAAGUCAUGCAUUGAAUUUAACACCAACAUGGGAGUAUUUGUGAUCUGUGAGAGCUGGCAUCAUUGAGAUCAUUUUUCAGACCUGAGACAAAAUUGGAGGAAGACCGAACAAACUGCACAAAUAAAAGGUAACAAGCUGUGAAGGUUAUGUGAAGGCACGGAUCUGCAUAGAACCUCUGAACCUAAAGAAGUGGAGAAAAACAGCUAAUGGAGGACGGAUGAAAACCCUUUGGAGGCAAAGAGUGUUCAACAGCAGAUUAUUUGCUUCGAGUCCCAGACGUAGCUUAAAAUUCAGAUGGGACUUAACGUGUAGCCUUCUGGGGGACUCAUUAGCUGUGGGUCUAUGGACGAGGUGAAAGAAAAAAGGUUAUGUUCACCUGCAACCUAGACAGCGUGCAUUUGUGCCAAUUAGCUAGUGAGGUACGCUGCUCCUGAGACUUGCAUCACUAGGGCCACUGAUGUCUGUGGCAGCACUGGCAGCAAGUACAGACCUGUGGCAGUGAAGGAUGUGGCAUUGCCCUGUAGUUGCUUGGACUGAAAGUACGAAGAUAUCAGUCUACUCCCUUUGCUCCAGCUGCCAUCCACUACAGACUGUCUCUUCUGGCAUUUCAUGAGGAUACAUGUAAUAAGAUUUUUUUCUCACCAAGCAGAACUUCUGAAAAGAGGAGAGAUGAAUGCUGCAGUUCCAGCUUGUCGUGGUCCAUCUGGCCCUUGUGAUCACCCUGCUGCAGUGGCAUUCUAGCUCAAUGCUCCUUGCAGAGGCAGCUCCGGAGCCUUUGGAGCCUUCUGCUGCUUUGGGCAUGGCAGCACAUCCUACUGCCAGCGAGGAGAAGUCAGCCUCCAGCCUGGCAGCCAAACUGCUCCUCCUUGAUGAGCUGGUGUCUCUGGAGAACGAGGUGACUGAGACGAAGAAGAAAAGGAGUUUUCCAGGAUUUGGCUCCCCAAUUGACAGAAUUUCUGCAACAUCUGUGGAUGCCAAAGGCAAACAGAGGAAAGUGGUUGAGCUGCCUAAGAGACGGUUCGGAGUUCCUCUUGACCGGAUCGGAGUGAGCCGUCUUGGCAACACCAAGGGUUCUUCUGUUCUGAAUGAUUGAUGCCAUACAGGAAACAUCACAGAAAUGUGGAAGAUGCAUCAGAGUACAUCUUGUCGUUGACUCAAGGAAUUGACCUCCUGCAAAAUCUACUUCACAUUGUGUUUUACAAACAUUGCAUUUACAAAUAGUAACUAAUUCAGUUCAUCAGGUCAGAAUGCUCUCACAGCUGUGCACGGUGCCACUGACAGGAGGAGACAGAAAAAAAUGUAUAGUUUAAUCGCAUGGCAUUUCUCUCUCAAACCUGCAGAAGUCUGUUCUCCUAGCAAGGGCUGUUAGAAUAUUUGGAUUUAAAAUAAAACUCUCAGAGAAGCCAACAGUAGCCCAUGAAAUGCAGGCAGUUUGCUUUGCGCAUAUCUUUCAAGAGGGUGUUUUUCUGUUAGAUGAAGGGAGGAUUUAACAGUUAUGGGACAAAUCCGUAUUUUAUUUAAACUGCUAUUUCGGAGAAGACAUCUACUGAUAUCAUUAGGAGUUGAUCUGAAUAAGAAAUAAGAAAAAAAUCUUAGGAUUUGCUCUGAUGCUUUUAACAGUCUUUCUUGUAUCUCUGCACCAAAUUUAGAAAUGUUUUCAUUGCACAGCAUAUCCUGAAUUGUGGCGAGACUGUCAGUUUCCUCCUGUAAGCUAACAAAUGCAUUUCAGUCCUCCCUAUGCAUAACAUAGGAUAGCGUCCAAAUAUGAAGUCAUCUACUUCCUAUGCCAUCUGCAUUGUAUGCCUUAUUUUAGUCUCUUGAUGUGUGCAUGGGGCAUAAUCACAUAUCCAACUGUAAAAGUUCAAGCAUUUCUUAGUCUGAUAACAUGUAAAUGUGUGCCUGUUCUCUCUAUUUCAAUUCAGAGUAAACAGGUUAUCUUGAAUCCUG